AUGCCGGCUCCCUAUGCCCCUGACUAUGCUUCCUACAACUGGACUGGCUCCCCUUCGAACUUCAGCCUCUCCACAAAUACCGAUUUGGGUGGUGACUCGCGAGUCGAAAAUGUCAACAAGUGGUUUCAACCUGGGGACCAGGCGUACAUACUCGUCGCCUCGGCCAUGGUCAUGGUCAUGGUCCCCGGCCUGGGUUUCCUCUACUCUGGUCUUGCCCGUCGAAAGUCGGCCCUGAGUAUGAUAUGGGCUUGUAUGGCCUCCAUGUCCGUUAUCAGCUUCCAGUGGUACUUCUGGGGUUACUCUCUAGCAUUCUCGCCCACCGCUACCAACGGGUUCAUUGGAAACCUACGAAACGUCGGCCUGAUGAACGCUCUGGCUAACCCUAGCCCUGGUUCCCCCCUUCUCUCUGACCUGCUCUAUGCCUUCUACCAGUUACAAUUCUGUGCUGUUACGGCUGCCAUCGUCAUGGGUGCCGUCGCCGAACGAGGACGUCUACUUCCUGCCCUGGUGUUCAUUUUCUUCUGGGCUACCCUCGUCUACUGCCCGGUUACUUGCUGGGUUUGGAAUCCUAAUGGCUGGGCUUUCAAAUACGGUGUCAUGGAUUAUGCUGGUGGUGGCCCAGUUGAGAUCGUCUCCGGCAUGUCCGCCCUAGCAUACUCGAUGGUACUGGGCCGCCGCCAUGAACGCAUGAUGAUCAACUUCCGACCUCACAACGUCUCCUUGAUAUUGCUGGGCACGGUUUUCCUUUGGUUUGGUUGGCUGGGCUUCAACGGUGGUUCUGCUUUCGGUGCUAACCUCCGUGCUGUCAUGGCAUGCUGGAACUCCAACCUGACUGCCAGUUUUGCUGCUAUGACUUGGGUACUUCUCGACUGGCGUCUUUCGAGGAAAUGGUCCAUGGUCGGAUGGUGUUCUGGUACCAUCUCGGGUCUUGUCGCCGCCACACCUGCCUCUGGUUUCAUCCCACCGUGGGCGAGUGUGAUACUCGGAAUUGUUACCGGCUGUGUUUCCAACUACAGCACCAAGUUGAAAUACUGGAUGGGUAUCGAUGAUUCUAUGGAUGUAUUCGCAGAGCACGGCGUUGCUGGUAUCGUGGGCCUUUUAUUCAACGCCCUCUUCGGAAGCGAUGCCAUCGUAGGCCUCGACGGAGUCAGCGUUGGCGCUAAAAACCCAACCACCGGCACUGCCGUUGGAGGUUGGAUCAUCCACAACUACCGCCAGCUGUACAUUCAGCUAGCCUACAUCGUCGCUGCGGCAGGCUACUCCUUCGUCGUUUCUGCUAUAAUCGCCUAUGCUAUCAACGUAAUCCCUGGCCUCAAGCUGCGCGUCUCCGAACAAGCAGAGCUCCUAGGCAUGGAUGACGACCAGCUAGGUGAAUUCGCAUACGAUUAUGUCGAAGUACGACGUGACUAUCUAGCCUGGACUCCCCAGAAGAACGACCAGGUGGGCCAGGACAGCAGUAUCGUUCCUCGUGCCAACCUCUACGGGUGCGGCGAACACAGUGGGAUGUUCUCCAGCCCGGGACAAGAAGUGAAAUGCCAACACACUUCUCCAUCAAAGUCUUCUUCGCAAACACACCUUCGAGACGUCACAGCUGUUCCUUCAGUUGUGGUUGCACCAGAAUCUACCGGACGGACCAGUGAACAUGUGGAAAUGACUGAAAAGGCUUAA